AUGAGUAAUAAGCCAAAAAAAUUAGUAUUGCGUUCAAAACCACUAAUUAGACAACGACCUGUUGCUCGUGGAUUGCAUGAUAAUACUAUUCAAGAUCUUUGUGAACGUUUAGAUUAUGUUGUAAAAAGAUCUGAAUUAAUUGAAGCACAACUGAAUAAUAUUGAAAUGAGGAAGUCACAGUCUUCAUAUAAUACAAAAGAUUUGACUUUUGGAACGCCUUCAGUGCUAAAAUUAAAUACAACAGCUUCUCCAAUGAGAAAAACAGAAAUUUCUAUGUCAGUAAUGGAUAACGCGCAGAAUUCAUAUAUUUACCAAUCUCCAAUCAGACAAAAUUUCCAAAAUUCAACACCUACACUAGCAGACGUUUUAAACGAACUGAACGAAUUAAAGAAGGAUGUAAAGAGUGUUGUAGAAGUACAAAGAGAACUCCGAAAUGAAAUUAUGGAAUUAAAAAGGAAGAAAUAA